UUGUUUAUGAUUUUGGGGAAAUUGGUAGAAUGGAUUAGUUGCCUAUUAUUGUACAUCUGUUCUGUUUUUGUAACUCAUUUCUUAUGUGUUAUAUUUGGUGCUCCUAUUAGCAGUGAUAUCCUAAAAACAUUUUAUUUCAGUAUUUAUUUAACCAGUUUAACUUUGUUGCCUUCCAUAAUAAAAUACAAAUUAAACCCAAAUCUAUGGAUAAAUGUUUACUUAUAUCAUGAUUACUCAGAUAGGUUUUCAAAAAUUAUAUGUGACUUAAGCAUUUACACAUUAAUAGGAGCUUGGUUGGGAGCAUUUGUUAUUCCUCUUGAUUGGGAUAAACCAUGGCAGGUGUGGCCUAUUCCUUGUUAUAUAGGAAGUUUAUUAGCUAUGACAAUGACUAUUAGCUUUGCUUUGAUAAAAUAUAUCAUGUCCUAUUAUAAUAAUCAAUGGUUACAAGCAAGAUACAAAAAUAAUGACAAACAUUUCAAUCAAAAGCUAAAUACACGUAACACAAAAAAAAUUGUAUAAUGAUCUAAAUUAAAUAUUAUAUAAAUAAAAUUUUAUAUUAAUAUUAUGCACUAUUUAAAAAAUAAGAUAUUUUAAAUUAUCACAAUUUUUUUUUAAAUAAAUAUAAAUAUGUAUAUAAUAUUUGUUUUAUAUAAAUUUCAUAAUAAUAAAAUUAUGCAAAUUAGGCUUAUGCAGAAUAAUUUUACUUAGGCGUAUAAAUUUAACAAUUGUGUAUACAGUUUCAAAUAAUAUAUAAUUUUAAGUAGUUUUUUUUUUAUUUCGCGUGACAAAUCAAUGUUUUAUUCACCAUUUGUAAAAAAAAAUAUAUUAAAUAUAAUUAUCAUUUUUUCCCUCAUUAUUUGUUUUUAUACUCAUAUAUCCUCGAGCUAUUUUAUGUGUGGACCUCAUUUUUAAAUUGAGCUGUUCAAUUAUUUAAUAUUAUCGCACAGCUUAGCAAUAUUAUGUUAAAUCACAUAACAAACAGGUUAUGAAUCAAUCGUUUUGUCAAAAUUCAUAUUAAGUUGUAUGCAAUCAUUUUUUUUAUAUAUAAACCUAGAUUUAUGAUAUUCAAAUAUUUAUCUUAUUUCUUUGGCAUAUGCUCAAAAACU